AUGGUGAAAUAUUUCAGUAAUGAACGUGCUGUUGUAACGUUGAAUGUACGAGAAUUUCAUCCUCCAAUAAUUUAUGGCAUGAAAGAUUCCACAAUGGAUCACUUUAAAGAUGACAACAUCGAUUUCAUUUGUAAUGUGUCAGGUAAUCCUCAGCCCAAGGUUAUAUGGUCAAGAAAUGGUGAAGAAAUUAAUGGUGAAACAAUAACAAAUUGCAAAAGUCAAGUUCCUAAAUAUUACUUCAAGAAUGAUGGCACAACUCUUAUUAUUUGUGGCUUUGAUAUUUCACAAUCGGGAAAUUACACAUGCUUUGCAGAAAAUCAGUUAGGAAACGUCACAGCAACUGUUUUUCUUAAUGUUACUGAUCAUCGCCAACCAGAUUCAUUGGCCAGAAGUGGUGGUGACUUAUUAACAGGAAGCAUUGUAGGAUUAGUUAUUGGUGCGAUCGUUCUUCUGUUCAUUGUUGGUGCUGUCAUCUUCUUCUUAAACGGAAAACAAAAACGAAAGCAACACAAGAAUCAAUAUAUUCUACCUCCAGAAAAUUAUUCAAGCGACCAGAAACAUUUGCCAAUGAAAACAGUGGCUGAUUGAAUGAAACGAUUAUUGGGAAAGUUGUUGCUAUGAUUUCUUUUUCAUAUGUUCAUUUGAACGACAGAACUAAUUUUGAAAUCGUUUCAAAACACUAAAGCAACCAAUACUCGCCUGUAUACGUACUUGCAAUACAUUUUAUACUUUCUUUUGAUACUGUCGUGGUAAUUGAAAAAUGUUACCUCCAGCUUAUUUAAAGUUGAUUAUAAAUUUGGAGAUCA